AUGCCCUGCUGUUGUUUUGAAGGAGCUAAUGUAACGUUAUUUUCGAACGGUGCUGUUCAAUUUUCGUAUUUGUGUCUGUUCUACAUUGAAAUAACUAAUAAUUACAUACUCUACAACUCAAAAUGGCACCUCCAAAAAGCAACGUUUGGCGACAUUUCUCAAAAAAUUCAGCAAAUACUGCCACUUGCCGUUAGUGUUCUAAAAUUCUAA